GUAUCAGCAGUUUCGGCGAAGAGCUUUUCGCAAGUUUUGUUGCAAAAUUAACAUGGAAUCGUCGUCCCAAGCUGACCACAAUGAAUGCGUCGAGGCAGUCGAGGAGGUUGACAACAAGAAGGCGGUGCAGGCAGAAAUAAACGCGCUGCAACAAACGCCGUCCGUGUCAGCCGAAAACUACAACCCCGAACCUGCAGAACCAGCAACACCCGAAAAUAUGCAAGCCAGUGGCUAUGCGUUGGCGGGCGAACGUGAAAAUGUGCCUCCUGAAGAACUGGAAAAUUAUGGCACAGUCGAGUUUGCAAUCGAAAGACCUGACGAACGUGAAAAUGGAUUUCAAGAAGAGCCGGAAAGUCACAGCGCAGUUGGAUAUUCGUUCGAGAGACAAGAUGAGCUGUUUCCUGAAGACGAGCCCGAAGAACCUGCAGAUUCUCCCGCUAAUGAUGGCUUUACACAGUUCACGAGCGAACGCCUUGGUGCAAGAGUGCAUCGUCUGGCCGAGAAGAUUGCUGAAGACACGGGCAAGGUUUCCCAGAAUUGCGAAAACCUCGCUCUUCGAGUGUCAGCGCGUCGUGAUGAUCUCUUGCGACGCAACGAGCAGCAAAAGCAAAGGAUCGACACCCUCAAAAGCAUGCUCCUUGAUAACUUGAAGAAGUACUCGAAAGAUGGCGAGUAGCUGAGUCAACACUGACAGCAGACAGCAAAGUCUUGGCACUGCGAUGCACAGAACAGUUGAAGAAGUGGGCGACAACUUGCAUAAAAUUCUUCAGAAGAGUGAAGAAAGCCUUGACUGUUUAUUGAAAUUAUGGGAUGCUAUUCUGUAGGAUGAACAAGAUAAAUUGGAGAAGUUUGAGCGUGCCAAAGCCUUUAUGCUUAGUGUUUUUGAAAACUACACACAGGAGUAGUUGGGGCAAAUGACAGCACCCUAGCUUUUGAAUUGAAGCAAUGUAUGAAGACUUUCUAAAACAGCGAAGGCCAGUACGGAUGAACGAAAUUCCAAAAUUUACUUCUUUUGAUCACACUUCAAGAACCUAUGUGAACUUUGUUCAGGCAAGAAUGCGCUGUUGAUACCUUGAAUGCAUUUAAGUCAAUAAAAAAGUUAUAGUUCCACAU